UAUAGUACGUGUGAUGAUAUCAUGUCACAAAGCUUUGAUUAACGCGGUGAUGACACGAUUCGCGCCUGUGAAGAAGUCAAGUUAUUUUCCGAUCAGCCAAACGUACAAGUGAAGAAAAUAGAUGGAAUCGAGUUGACAAAGCGCUCAUUCUCUCUCCCCGAAAAAAGCAAGCGCCGGUCCCGAACGGAAGCCGAUCCGAUCCGCGCGAUGGCUUCCGUUUCCCAAGCUCAAGGAAACAAAAACCCCUCCUCCACGUACGUGUACUCCAGCCGUCCCCGGCCGGUGGACGGCCCGUGCGCGGAGAAGCCUCAGUACGGCAACAUCAUGUACGAUCGGCGGGUGAUCCGGGGGAAUGCCGCCAAGACGGCGGCGCAGGCGGCCGACGUCCUGCAGCAGCACGGCUUCCGCCGGAGGUCUGUGGACUUUUUGCGCUCCAGAGACCAGCUGUGGUUCAAGACUCGCGGCGACCACAACAACCUGCCCGGCAGAAAGCACGUGGACGUGCAAACCGACUCCUAUCUGGAGGAACUGAGUCUGGCGCUGGUGACCAAGGACGCCGACUCGCAAACCGACCCUUUCCUGGACAGGCCGGCCACUCCGCUCUUCAUCCCGGCCAAGUCGGGCGAAGACGUGGCCACCCAGAUCCUGGAGGGGGAGCUCUUCGACUUUGACCGGGAGGUGCAGCCGGUGCUGGAGGUCCUGGUGGGUAAGACCAUCGAGCAGUCUCUGCUGGAGGUGAUGGAGGAGGAGGAGCUGGCCUGCCUGCGGGCCCAGCAGAGGGCCUUCCAGCAGCUGCGUAACGCCGAGCUGGCCGAAGUCCAGCGGCUCCAGGAACAGGAGCGCCGUCGCGCCGAGGAGAAGGAGUGUCGCAUCGGGCAGCAGAAGGAGGCGGUCCGCAAGGAGAAGGAGACGGCCGAGAUGAUCGCAGCCCAGGCCUGCGCGCAGCAGUUUCUGUCCAAGCUCUUCCCCGCGGUCUUCGCCUCGCUCCGCAGACACGGCUACUUCUACGACCCCGUGGAGAGGGAUAUCGAGAUCAACUUCUUCCAGUGGUUGAUGGCCGAGGUCAACAACACGCUGGAGAAGAGGAAUUCAGCCAGGCUGCUGCUGGACACCAUUAUCCACGACAUCGCACUGGCCAGACGGGAUUUCUUCGGGGCGGAUCUGGAGGAGCAGGCGCCCAAAGCCGACAAGUAGAUCGGAUGGGACAGGAAGAAAAAUGCUCCAAAUCCUUAGCUCUCACUCCCGCCCUCCCAAUUUAAAUGGAGUGGACGCGCGUUUACUAAGUGAUAAACUCCAGAGUUGUCAUUUUUUAAGAGCCACGUGACGGGACGUCUGUUAUCGUCAAUGGCACAUAAAGACUGGCUAAUCCUUAUGGGUUGAUGACAUUCUGUAAAACAUAUCCUUCGAAAGCAGCAUCAAAUGACACUAAUGUGACAAGCAAAAAUAAACG